GCACACUCUAGCGAAUAUAAGGACCACAGAUUGCGCUCAAGUGUCCGCCGCUCACACAGAUGACCACAAUACGGAAGCUGCGCCAGCUCUGUGAUCAUGCUCUUCUCCCGCAUACGCUGCCACUUUUGUGGCUCGAAACAACCAUAUCCCAAAGAUGUCGUCGAGUUCCAGUGCUCUGGCUGCGAGGCCGUCAACUACCUGGACGGCAAGGGUAACAUCAUCGACACACCACAACGAGCUGCAUCACCCCCGCCGCAGACCAUGCCUGACAACAGGCCCUUCUUGUCCUUCACGAAACCACUUCCCGAUGCACUCGAGCACCAGCAAAAGCAGGCCUUUUGCCGGACAUGCACCCAGAAUCAGCACCUGUACAACCGGAUAUUGGCGGAAUAUCUUCCCGAAGACCUCGAGGAGAACAGCAGAGAGUACAGGAUGAAAAUGCGAGCAUUGCCCAAGUACAAGGCGGAGUUGGAACAAAAGUACCCGCAAGUGUGCAAGAAAUGCGCAGCAGUUGCGCAGACUAUGAUCAAUCGAGCGGAUUAUUAUGCCAUGUCACAGAACGCUGCAAAAUUGGUGCAGGAUACAAGAAGAAGAGGUGGUAAAGCUGCGACAAGGACACGGGACAGUACAGACAAGAAGAUUAUGCGAAACUUGCUACGAAUGCUUGGGGUGCUACUGUUCCUUGGAUAUAUGGCGCAGAUUGCAUUCCAUGCUUAUGGCAUACUGCACACCCUCUUCGGAAUCUCAACAGAAGAGACCGAGGUGAAUGCUGUGCUCGCUCCACAUCUCCGCGAAUGUGUCCAGCAGACCUUUCGAUUCACCUUUGACAACUCCUGCUAUGGUGUCUUCAGCUCGCUUGUACCAAAGGCACUCGCGCUCAGUACUGUUUUGCUCUGGUUCAAUCCGAGCCUGAAACUCUGGUAUCAUCACACAAAACGCAUCGAGGCCAUCGAUGGCCAGCAAACGUACUUUUACAUGCAGCUCAUCAUUCUACUGGUCAGGAGCUGGUCUUGGUACACGAUGUCGUCUGGCUCAUCAGCUACCAAGCUCGAAAGGGAACAAACAAUUGCGAUACAUGGCUUCACAAUUUUGUUCAUGCUCGUCACGCAGGCAGUGGCGAACCGAAACAUAAAAGCAGUACAAUGGACCAUGAAAGGCAAGAUCAUGCCGAAGCCGAGUGAAAGGGACAUUCUUGGCGCAGUAGCAGGACCUGCGCAUGAGCAUCACACACCGAAACCAUCAUCGAAGGAUCCGUGGAAGUAUCUCAGGCGAGACGACACAACGCAACAAUUUGACAUCAACAGCCUGGCGCCCAAGGCGGAACAACCUGUGCUACGACCUACAACAAGGUAUCUAGCCAGACAGCCUUCUCCGGAGUUUUCUGACUACGGCGACGGAGACUUUGACGCGAUGGAAACGGAUGACAGGCCAGUCAUGCGUUCAUCACAACGAAUGUUAGACAGCAGGCCGAACCUUCAACCCCGACACACAUACUCGAAUCAAGCAAAUGCCGCUCCACUGGCCUUUGGCGAUGUUCGAAAUCAACUUUCGGGCGUUUCAUCACAGAUGGACCAGGAAGCAGAGCGAUUGAGAGAAGAGCAAGCGCAAAAACUUCAUUACCAGCCACAGCAGCGACAGAGCCCCUUCUACGGUAGCCUACCACCAGCACCAAUGAGCAUGGAAAGGCGGCUGCGCAAUCCAGUUUUCCGCCCGGCUGUACCGGAGCAAGUACCAUUGAGUCAGCAGAAAGACUUCAUGGCCCAAAUGAGACGAGGCGUAAAACCAGUCACAUUUCCGGAGAAAGGGACAAAUUUUCAGCUCAAGCAGAGCAGCUGGGUGUUACCUGGUGAUGUCAAGGAGACGGGGAUAGAGGAAAGAUUCAAUACGUCCUUCAAACUGGACGACGAGCAGCCUGGUAAUGGGAAGAAAGGUUUCUUUGGGAGUUUGUUUGGGUGAUUCGACAGCGGCAUUGCACAGAAGAGACUUUCUCGGCGGAAUUUGUCCUGCUCAUAUUUGGGGAGGGAGUUUUGGAUUUCAGAACGAUGGAACGAGAGAUACCCGGUCUGCAUGGC